AUGCGACAGCCUCUGGAACGAAACAUAGACAAUAUAAACCGACAAGACGAUGCUUCUACAUGGAAUUCAAAUCAUACGAUCAAUAUUUCAAUGAAUAAAAAUCAGAAUCAAUUCAAUAAAUGUCAAACUACUAGGAUGAUUCCAUCUUCUACAUCAAUACAACCGAUGAAAGUCCAUCAUCUAUCAAAGGAAGAUUGGAGAAAAUCAUCUCAACUAAUACCAAACUAUAACAGAUUGUCUCCGCAUACAUUUAAACAGCUAAUCUUAAAAAAUAUUCCUACCAUUUAUCAUGAUCAAAUUCAACAAUGUUUAGCAUGUAUUCAAUUGUUAAAAUGUGUUCAACGACUUGCUAAUUUAUGGUGUCAUUUUUUUCAAUUGAAAAUUGAAGAAGAUUAUUGGAAUUAUUUAGACAAUUUGCAUCUACUUGUCAUAGUUUGGUUAUCUGAAGAUGUAUCAGAAGAAAUAAUUCAACAAAAUUCUAUCGAUUGGGAUUCUAGGAGAACAAAAACGAAUAUUCGACAUCGAAAAAUAUUAGUUCAAAAUAAAUUACAACGAACGGAAUAUAAUUUGUCGAAACAUCAAUCUCAACUUUCAUCCAAGUUCAACCUACAAAAUGAAAUAUAUGUGAAGAAUUCGAUCGACAUCGUAUUUCAAGCGUUUGCUAUUAUUCUAAGAAAUGAUUUGAAUCCUUUCCAUGUACAUUUUGAACAGAAGAAACUCUUGUUACACGUUAAUUUUCAUGAUGCAUAUCUAGUCAAAUCAUUCUAUGAUUUAAAUCCAACUGAAAAGCAAAUUCAUCUUGUUCAACAAAUUUGGCAAACAAAAUUAAAUUCAUGUGAACGAUUUCUCCGUGAAAAAACGAAAACAAUUUUUCUUGAUAACAAUCCAAUAGUCAACAUGAAUCUACUGUCCAUCGAUGAUUUUGUUCCUGUCAUGCUUGCCAUUAUUGAAGCACGUCUCGUCACUAUCGAACAACGUUCACAAGUCAUUAUGGAAUUUAUCAACACUCCUUCUCAAUAA